UUUACAUCUCCCCACCACGUGCGCCCAACUAGCGCGCCCUCCUUGGACACCCAGUCGCAGCUUCUCCAUCUAGAUCCCGACGACGCGCGCCUGCUGCCGGAUGCAUUGAGGCAGCCCCGACCGUGCACCAGAUCGCGUCGAGCUCCCGUCAUGGCGAACAACCAGUACUCGCAGCCGUACUUCGGCCUGCCCUUUGCCUUUUCCCAUCAGCAGAUGCCACAGCCCGUGCCGACCGCGCAUCCAGAAUCACACGCGGGCUCCUCGGACGCGCGACAGCCUCCUGCCCCCGACGCCUUUCCGAGUCUCCCUGGACUCAACUUUACCGCGUACGGCCAAAACACGCAACAGCCGCAGUACUCCCCAACCGCAUGGCCACCACCGCCGCCAGAUGCGUGGUUGCCCUUCAUGCAGAACGGAAUGGUCCCUCCGCCGCCCCUUCCAGGCUUUGGCUUCCCGCCGCCCGGGCUGCCUCCGAUCCCCCAGCACCACCCAGCCACACCGACUGCCUUCCCUCCCCGGCCUGCCACAGCCGCGAACGAGCGCGUCACCGAAGUCAUGGACAUUGACAGAGAAGACGGCGAAGUGAGUGAUGGCGAGGUUGCCUCUCACGCUUCAGCGCACAAUGCUGAAAGACAGACCAAACCCGAGCCUCCCCGCUCUACCCCGCAGACCUCACGCGUGCUUGACGAGCCCUACAACCCCAGCCGCCCUGCUGCUGGCCAGAAGACGUCGCAGGAGCCCGCGCGAAAGCCCGCGCAGCCACAAAGUGCACAACCCAUCGUAGACACGAUGCAGCAGAAUCGCGAGGCAGUCAGGCAGUUUGUCAAGCUCCUCAACAGCAACAACGUGGGCUAUCGCGCCUUGGCGAAUGAGGUGGACGACAGCCAAAGGGAUCUUCUCAGGGGAGUCUACUCAAGCUGCAAUCUGGCCUCGGAGCCCGAACCCAUUGUGUUGCCCAAGGCCAAUGGCGCAGGUCAAGCGUCUGCUAUCAGUCCCGCUGUUCAGCCAAGUUCCGUCACACAAGACCAGCCCCAAAAUGUGAUGCUCGCCAAAACAGUGCCUGCAGUCAAGACCAACGUAAACCCUGUGCCACCAGUCAAGUCUGCGCCUUCGCCCGUGGACCGAAAGGACUACAUCGCGCGCCUCCAAGCUGCAAAGAAGGCCAAGCAGGCAGGUGCUAUGAAGCCAAGUCCGCCGCGGAAGACAACACCAACAACAGUAAUCAAUCCCGUGCCGGCUGUCAAAUCACCCCAGCCUGCCUCGACGCCGAUGCCUAAGCAGCCGGCGACGGAUGAGCAGAAGGCACGAAACACCGAACUGAUCAAGAAAAGACUGGCAGCCAUCAAGGCAGGAAAGAAACCCGCAAGCACCGCUUCAAACGGGCCAGUAUCAUCCUCGUCCCCAGCGCCGGUUGUUGAAAGGGCUCAAGGAACAACUGCGCCACUACCACAAGCUGCGUCGAAUGGCGCAAACACCCCGAACCCUCCAUCUCAUGUAUCGUCGUUCCCUGGCCUACCAGGCCUGUUCAUGAAUAUGUCGCCAAAUCCAAACGGCACAUCGGCAACUGUGUCAAAGCCAUCCCUCACAAUUCCUCAAAAACGACCUGCUCCCUCGGACAAAUCCGAGGUAUCGACACCACGGGGUUCAGUCGCCUCCUACACGCGACCACUAGGAGAAUCGCCUCACACGCGUCACAACGAGCAGGUGAUUAUCAACAUAGACGACUCCGAAGGAAGCGACAUGGACAUAGAAGAUGACCAGGACGCCCCAAAGUCUGCCGCAGCAUCCCCCCUGCCUCCGACCCAUGACAUCCAUCAAACACCAGGAAAGCUUCCCGACUUUCCCCUCCGUCCAGCGUCUGUCCAGCCCGCUUCGUCUGCUGUUAGUACGCCAGGUCCGCAAACUCCAGCCACUCUUGCGCGUAAAGAUGGAAUCGAUAAGAAGGAACGAGAACUCGCAGCUCUCAAGAUCACGCUGAAGAAGAAGCUCGCAGAAAAGCGCGAGAAGGAUCGGGCAGCAGCGGCCACAGCUGCUGCCGCGAUAUCAACCCCUUCAUCUCUUCCCCCAAGGCCACCAAUGCCGGAGUUACCUCCUCAGAACACCUCUCACGUUCAGCCAGUCACAAUGGAGUCGUCGUAUUCGAUGCCUAUUCGGGAUGGGCUCGACUCAACCACAAAGCCUCGUUUCGCUGACAGCCCUUCAACCCAUAACAACAACAGCCGACGUCGACGAGAGCAGAUCUUGCUCGAGCAGUCCUCUUAUGACGCCGAAUUAGUGAGCAACCAGGAGCAAGUUGCUCGAUUGACGAAAGAGAUGGGCCAACUUCUUGCACGUAAUGAAAAGCUUACCAAGGAUAAAGCCAGGCUCGCUGAAGAGCUUGAGAGCUUGGGUGUUGAUACAGAGGGCAUGUCGCACGCAGAACUCCGCGCAAAAAAGGAUGAAAUCGAGCACGCAAAGUCUCCCUUAUCUAAUAGCCAGCCACAGGAUGCAGGUCAUAUCUCGCAGCCCAUCAUAAACGGGUUCAAAACUUCUGCUCGUGUGUCGCCUCCUGCGGAAAUCCCACAACCCACGCCAGCAGCCGAGAAGAGUACGCCGGUCGCGUUGAUGUCCGCUAAUAGCAUGGGGGUUGCACAUAUCACUCUUCCAGGGCUGGGUCGUGCGGUGCAUCAAGCACCCGAACCCAAAACUGCGGACUUCCAUAACUCGGUCUUGGAAGAUACCCCUGCUGCUGAACCUAUGAGUGUCAUGCCACAAGAAUCACGAGUGGCAGACACCCAAGAUUUUUCCCAAUCGAACGAGAUUCUUGCUCGUGCUGAUACGGACCGGAUGUCUAUCAACGGAAGUACAAGUGGUGCACGUCGCUCUGCGACUCCACUCGAUGACGAAGAAGAUUUCUAUUCUCCACCGCCACCAGCCGCCACUCCUACCGAGGCUGAGAACAACAUCAUAGAAGGUCCCCAAGCCCAAGUUGCGGCUAAUAUGAAUGUGGUGACAUCUCCUUCCGAGGAGGGCGAAGUGGAGAUGUCUUUGUCCACAGAGGACGAGGAGGAAGAAGAAGAGUACGAGCCGGAAGAACCGACGUUUGUCACAGACAUUCCCAUCCCAGAAAACCAAGUGCCUGAGCCGGAUGUCGCACAGUCGUCUUCAUCGCCCGAUGUCUCGACAGAUGAGGAGGAGCCGUAUGAACCUCCUGACUUUGAUCAAGAGAUGACUGAUAUCCCGGUUGCCACUAUGGACGCGACCGUUGGCCAGAACGAGCCUGAAGAUGAGGUGGAAGAUGGUGCUAUGGACAUCGCUACAUCUUCAUCCGACGAAUCAAGUGAUUCAGACUCGGACGAGGAAUCGUCCUCAGACCCCGAAGACGAUGAUUCUAUAUCUGCAAGCAACGCGCCUCUACGGGAUACUGAUAUUGCUGACGAUUUAGCGCCUGAGCUGCAAACUGAGCCAGUGCCCGUGGUUAGUAUCUCGGAAACGGUGCCUGUAGAUGAUGAUCAAGUUGAGUUGGACAAGUUCACUCCGUAUGAGAGUCCACUUCGCAUGUUCAAAUCCUACCGCUACCACCCUAGUUACACACAAGAUGUCAGCGGUGGCUUUCUGUCCAUGACUUAUAGUCAUCAAAUUGAUGCAGAAACGCCUUUGUGCCAGUACGAAUCAGCAGGCGGUUCAUGCAAUGACGCCGAAUGCCCCGAUCAGCACUUUCGGGGCAUGGGUAUUACCGGUGAGAAACUCCUUGUUCAGCUUGGCACAGCCAACCCUGGGAAGACGCCCGAGGCAAAGCAGAAGUGGAAUGAUGGCCUGAGGGGCGUCCUCAAGGAGCUGCGUCAGAAAAACAUCAAAGAUCCCAACGGGAUUGCUGAAGAGAUCGCCAAGUAUCGGAGGGAAUUCCUCGAUGACGAUACGAGGGUCGUCAACUUGUAA